CCCCAUUCAAUUCUACAACGAACAUUGCACAGUAUUGAACGACAUGUGCACUAAGCUAGGCGCGUUGAUUCCAUUGUGGGCGCUGAUCGUAGCCAGUGUCAUUGGUGGCGACUGUCCCGCUGACCGCGAGCAAACUCUCCACGAUGAAGGAAAAUUACACCAAGACCUCCUAUGUGCUUACAAAUCAGACUACCGUCCGGUUAAGGAUCAUAAAACAUCAAUACAAGUCAAGGUUCGCUUUGCACUGAAAUACAUAAGCUUCGAUUCUUUGGAAGAAACAUUUACAGUACACAGUUGGGUGGCUAUGACAUGGAAGGACGAAUUUUUAUCGUGGACGCCCUCCAAUUACGGCGAUAUCAAAGAAAUCCAAAUAGAAAGCCACGAAAUUUGGACGCCAAGAAUGGCUUUAUUUAACGCAGAUGCAUCCUUAUACCAGUCGGACAGUAUUUACACGACUUGUCUGGUGGCAAAUGAUGGGGUGGUGACAUGUGUGCCGCACCUCGCGCAUUCCGGCAUAUGCAGAAUCUCGUUGCGACGAUGGCCGUAUGAUGUUCAAAAUUGCACCAUGUAUUUCGGGUCAUGGAUGCAUACAGGAGAACAGGUAAAUUACACCUUCUACCAAAAGCAGCCUGUUGUUCUUGAUGACUACAAUAAUGGACCUGGAUGGAAACUGUUAAAUGUGGCAAAUGAGAGAUUGUCUGGAAAAUACAGCUGUUGCCCCAAUAGCACGUACCCGAUGCUGAAAUACACGUUUCUGAUGAAGAGAGAGGCGGCGGGUCCGGCGGCGAUAGUUGUGGUACCGUCUAUCGUCAUAGUAAUGCUGACACUCACUUCAUUACUUCUGGACGUGAAAGAUAAUAUAAGGCUGAUAAUUGUGUGCUUUAGCCUGUUCGGGCAUUUUAUAUUUCUAACCGAAAUUGGAUACAAUAUUCCAAAACACAGUGCUGACACUCCUAUAAUAUUAUUAUUCGUACGGGACUCAAUGAUUGUAACACUAGUAACGAUUUUGGAAACAUUGUUAUUGAUGUCCCUGAGAAGGCGGACGCUGCCGGCGCCGACAUGGAUAGUAACUGUGACGCGAUUAGUGACGAGUGGGCCUGGCAAAUACGUGGUAUUUACAGAGUUCGACCCGAGCGAUUUGUCAGAUAAUAAAAAUAUUCUCACGGAAGACGGCUCUUCCAAAGAGGAGAGAGCGCGCGCUGCUUCCGACUGGAUACAAUUCGCUAACUUACUUAACAGCUGCAUAUUUAUUGUGUCGGUUUUCGUGUACUUGGUCUUAAUUUUUGCUUAUAUUCCCUAUGAUAACUAAUUGAUUAUUAUUUAGAAGUGGUAAAAAUAUUGCUUGAAAAAGUGUAAGUAAGUUAAGUUUGUCAUGUCCUUAAUUAUAAUUUUCGAGAAAAUAAUAAAUAGCAAUAAAAAAAUAA